CUGUCAUAUUCAACAUUCUCAAGACUGGAAUUUUAUUAAAUGAUAAAAUUUCCAAGAGUUUUCUGACAACUAAAUAUUUUGGCAUUUGUUUUUGAAAAUUACAUAGAUUAAAACAAGAGUCAUCAAAUUGUGAAGAAUAUUGUUUUUGUCAACUUUUUAAAACCUUUUUUGUUUAGAUAAUAACCAAAACAAUUAAUUCUGUGCAUUGGAUUAUUUGAAAUAAAAUUCAAAUCUUGUUUUUACAAAACAGGUAUUCACGAUUUUAUUUGGAACAACCACAAAAAACAUUCUCAACACUUAUAUUAUGAGAUAACUUUGGAAAUUCUUGUCAACAAUGCAUUUAUUGCUUCCAAAUUUGACAAAAUAUAUCCCGCUCGCACUUCAAUAUAUCAAAACUGUUCAACUAUAUACAUUAGUUGACAUAUAUGUAUUACAUUUUGCCAGUGCCUCAAGACUGUUGUGAGUACUUCAAACUUCGUCAUUUGUAAAUAAGCAAUUUUGAAAUGCAAAUUAAAAAAUUAAAACUUAUAUUUCACGCAUGCAACAAUUAAAACAAAUAAAAUAAGUAGAGCACAAAUGGUUAACAAACUUAAAUAAUUUGCCAUUUUAUCGAAUAACUGCCGAUUUCAGGAAAAAUAAACAAUUUCGAUAUUUGAAACUCAGGAAAAAUUAAAAAUACAAGGAAAAUUUUUACGUAUUUUAUACGUUACUUUUUCAAUUCAAAAUACUCAUAACCUUUUUGUGAAAAUUACGGCAUUUCCUACCCAAAGUUGACAUUCUAAUCCCCCUCAAUCCUUUGAUUAUACUCUUCAAAAUAGUCUGUUUAUUUCAACGCAUUCAAAUUUUUUUUACAACGAACAAACAUCAACUGCAUCCCAUUUGAUUACGUAGAUUAUGAUAAUGAUAAUAAGUGCAACUGUUCAGGAUACCUACAAUAGGGUGGGGUUUCAUAUCUACGUGUGUCUGUGUGUUUGCAGAAAUAGUGUUCUCGGGUGGGAGGUCGCGCGCGAAAAUUGGGGCGUGGCUUGCAGGCCAGGCACAAGGGGUGUAGUGGUAAGGAGGGGGGUGCAUUCAGUUCGAAGCAGCAAGCCAAAAGCACCGGCAAAGCACAGGAUGAUGACAAGGAUCGUGUGGCUUUUAUUACUGUUAGCGGGAAUACCAGCUAUAUCAGGAUGGACGUUGAGCCUGAGCCCAACAGAAGAGCGACUACAGAACAGAAGGUCCGGUGACAACUUUCUUGUUGUUUGCAAGGUCAAAGACUUUGAUGGUGCCGCCAGUGAUGCCAAAAUCGAGUGGUAUAGAGAUGGGAAGCUGAUUCCACGGUUUGGAAGUACCAUGACUAUUGAACGAACCUAUUCAAAUCAGUUGAUGAUAAAUCGACCCAAGAUUUCGGACGGCGGAAAAUACACCUGCAAGACGGAAAUUCAGGGCGAACAACAGGAAGUGUCGGCUGAAAUCAGUUUUGUCGAUCCACCAAAGUUCCUGAACGUUCAAGAAUCCCAACAUCCAGAGGAAGGAACACGUGCUGAAAUCGUGUGCGAAGUCGAGGGCACUGACCAACUCGAGGUUUUCUGGCAAUUCAAUGGUGUCACAUUAGACGAGACUUCUCAACGCGGGUACGAAUUUUCUGAGAAUAAUCAAAUUCUCUACAUUCCACAUUUUACCGCCAAAAAAGAUGACGGAAUCUAUAACUGCAACGCUGCCCAGUACUCUUCAUUCGAGACCCUCUCCGUAAAUGUCACUGGAUAUGCGCGCCCUACAAUUACCGUGUUCGAUGUGCCAAAUGGAAACCGAGGAAUCGAGGGGCACACGAUUGAGCUCAAAUGCGGAGCCGUCGGAAAACCAAAACCCACCUAUAAGUGGUUUUUUGAGGACGAUGAAGUUCCAAUCGCCCGUUCCGACAAGCAUAAUGUUGAAGAAGGACUCCUUAUCAUUGAAUCUCUGAACUCUGAAGAUGCUGGUACUUAUAAAUGUGUUGCUAAUAACACAGUUGGAUCAAAUGAACGCACAUUUGAUCUUGCAGUUUUCCUGAAGCCAAAAGUUGAUCUUAAACACGAGUACGUUGUCAAAGAGGGUGAUGAUGUUGAACUGGUAUGCAGCUAUCAUGGAGAAGGACAUGUUACCGCCAAAUUUGUCUCUGGCCACAGCGAAUUUGCAGUUAGAAAUGAAGCAGUGAGCGCAGGAAAUUCCGAAGAAAUUCGUCCAGAAUCCAACGAGUCGGAAGAAGUGACUACUACCUCAGAAAAUUCCGAAGAAACCUCUACUCAAGAUGAAGUUGAGCUGAAAUCAGCUGAGAAUGUGAACGAUGAGGAAGACCAUACUUCGCAACAAGAUGAUGGAGAACAGGACGAGCAAGAAGAAUCCAAGAAGUGGAAACGAUUUGCCGAUGAUGUGAACAAUCAACGAAUCUCUGUUAGAGCUGAGGAAAACAAGCUCAUUCUAACUAUCAAAAGCAUUUCCUUGGAGGACGCUGCAGACUACACUUGCGCAGUCUCCAACGAUGCCGGAACUGUUAAUAAGGUCACUCAAGUUGGAAUUAUUCACCCACCAACUCUUCGACACUACACCGGGCCACACAUUCGCUCGUUUGACGGGAACACUGUGUCAGUUUAUUGUGACGUGUCAGCUGUUCCAAGUCCAAAAUGGCACUGGUUCAAGAAUGGAAAAGAAGUUGAGGCCAACGGAGUAUCAAUUCAAAUUUUCACCCAAGGAUCAUCUACAAAAUUGACUUUGGAAAACUUUGAUGGGAGUGAUAACUUUGGAGUAUACACUUGCAGAGCUGACAAUGGAGUUGGACAGCUUGAGAAACAAAUUGACGUCAUCAAAGUUGUUUCCCCAGCAACACCGUCAGGAAUGAAUUGUAAAAAGAUGGUCUACCCGAACUAUGGAAAAUGUUCAUUUGAAUCUGACAUUUACGAAAAAGAAGAGAGCAAGCCACAAACCAUGGAGCUCUUGGUAGCAAAGUUGGAAGAAAUGGAGUCGGACUACAACUGGAGCCACGCUCAACCAGUCUCUGUGCCGUUUGAAGAUGAUCUCACCAUUCCAAACUUGACUUCAAACACACAAUAUGUUAUCAAGGCUCGUGCUGUUAACGAAGCUGGAAGCAGUGAAUAUUCUGAAGAAAUUAGCUUGGAAACUACUGAUCCAUGGGCUCCACAAGCACCGGGAAGUGUUGCCAUGAAGUGCUCAGAUUAUUGCACAGUAUCCUGGGAUACACCGAAUGACCACGGAAGUCCUUUGCUGAAAUUCAAGGUUACUAUUCAAGAAAUGAAGUACAAAACAGAUGAUGAUGAGGUAGAAGAGAAGAGUGACGAGAAAUCGAAUAAUAACUCUGAAGAAACUGAAACAACGACGAGCGAUGACAACGAUGAAACAGAAGCCUCAAACGAAUCAAUCGAGAUAAAAGAAAAUAGUGAGGAGCAGGAGACAACCCUUGCUCAUGAAGACUCUGCUGAAAUUCUACCAACCGAUCCAAGCACUUCAGUGGAGAGAGAUGAGAUGGUUCCAUACGGAAGCCUUCUUGUUCUAAAUGUGGAUUCCGAGGAAAAUCAAGUGCAGCUGACAAAUAUCAAGCAGCACUCUUAUUACAAAAUCAGUGUUGCUGCCGAAAAUGAAAAGGGUCAAGGAGAACCAGCGGAGAUAGACUUCCAAACUGAUGAUUCCCCAACAAAAUACGAGGAAGGAAUUGAUUCUACUCACUUGAUUAUUGCAAUUGCAAUUGGAGUACUUUUCUUACUACUUCUAGUGGAUCUAGGGUGCUUUAUCACAAAUAAAUGUGGGCUUAUUUCUUGCAUAUGUUUGAAUCUUUGCGGAAAGAACGCUGGUGCUAAACAGAGAGAUUUGGAGUCCGGAAGAGGAGGACCUGAAAGCAACAGAUUGCUCGAUUCAAGUGGAGCUAGGUAAAAUGAGUAAAAUGAUAGCUGACUGUGAAAUGUCAAUUCGUGCGUUUUUUAUUUUAUUUUGAUUUAUGCACCCGCUCACUACAACCGUGUAACCAUGUACACAACUCUCAUUUGUUCGGUUGAAUCUUUUUCUAGUAACUUUAUACAAUUCAAUGCUUCAUCAUCUAACUCUGGUCCAAUUCUUUGAUUUUUCUCAUUUGCUAAUGAGUGAUUUGCCUCACUCCUUCCGUGUUUUUUUCGGGAGGUCGGGUCCACUUGCUAUACUUAAUUGUCAUCCCGAAGUUACAUUUUUUUCUUGUUUGGUUUCCAUGUUUCAUAUUGCAUUUUGUCAUUCAUCAUUCAUCCAUCACUUUACUGAUUUUUUUAAAAUCUAAUUAAUUUUCAAAUAAAUAUAAACCCGCGUUA